AUGGAGAGGAACCAAAGUGACAAUCGGCCUUUCAAGCAAAGGAAAAGUUUAGCAACUCGAAUGCGUGAAGCAACUGAUAUACGGACCAAGUAUCCCAACAAGAUCCCGGUGGUGGUGGAGCGUUACCGAAAAGAGAAGGCUCUUCCUAAGAUGGACAGGAUCAAGUUCUUGGUUUCUCAAGAUAUAUCCAUAUCUCAGUUUAUCUUUACUCUCAGAAACCGUAUGUCUCUUUCAGCCACUCAGGCCUUCUACCUGCUGGUGAACAACAAGAGCCUGCCCUGUCUGAGCUUGACUGUGGCAGAGGUCUACCAAGACAGCAAGGAUGAAGAUGGCUUCCUCUAUGUGACCUAUGCUUCACAGGAGAUGUUUGGCAACUGCACCCAUUGCUAG